GGCCGCGCCCGCCGCCGCCGCCCAUGACCCUGCGCUCCGCCGAGUCCCUGGAGAGCGCGGGGAGCUCCGGGGAGCGCUGGGGGCACCCCGGGGCGGCGGCGCCCGUUGCCGAGGAGUGCCGUGAGGCGGAGCAGCUGGCCGCGGCUAUGGAGGAGCUGCGGCGGGCAGGAUGGUACUGGGGCAACAUGACUGUUGCUGAAGCCAAAGAAAGGUUACAGGAUGCCCCUGAAGGGACCUUUUUGGUUAGGGAUAGUUCGCAUUCAGAGUAUCUACUGACUAUAUCAGUAAAAACUUCUGCGGGACCGACCAAUCUACGUAUAGAAUAUCAAGACGGCAAGUUUAGACUGGACUCUAUCACUUGUGUCAGAUCUAGACUUAAACAGUUCAACAGCGUUGUGCAUUUGAUUGAGUACUAUGUUCUUAUGUGCAAGGAUAGAACUGAAACACCUUCAAAUGGAACAGUUCACCUUUACUUGAACAAACCCCUCUAUACAUCUGCUCCAUCUCUGCAACACCGCUGCAGAAUAGCUAUAAACAAGAGCACAAAUCAGAUCUGGGAGCUGCCAUUACCAACAAGACUAAAAGAGUACUUGAAAGAGUAUCAAUACCAGGUAUAAUUAUAUUUUCUAAAUGCCUCUAACACUGAGUAACUUCUGAAUGCAAUCCUUAAAAUCAGCCAAAGAACUGAGUAACCAGUUGUACAACUCAGCAUGGAAUUCACUAUCAAAACAGUGGCAGUUCUGGGGGAAAGGUUUUUAUUUCAGAUGCUACAAAGGGAGACUUUAUGUAAAAUAAUCCCAGUUUGCAUCCUUGGGGGUUCAACAAGGUGGCAUGCUAUUAUUGCAAGGAGAGAGAAGCCAGGAAUCUGUCCAGAUUGUGUUGCUUUGUCAAUAAAAUGCUGCACUAUCAAAUGCUUACUGAAGCAGUGGGACCGGGAGAGACUUUGUAAGUGCUCAGAGACAUGUGAGAAUUUACAAGUAUCUCAGUUGUCUGAUUCCAAGAUUAAUUUGGUGCUGGUGUUCAUAUAAUCCUAAAAGCUUAACUAGAUCACACUGUGAUAAUCUUGCUAAAGUUAUGCAACUAAUCAAAUCCAGUCAGAAAAAUGAUCAUGCAUUCAGUUUUUAUUGAACUACUCUCCUGCUUUUCUGCAAGCAAAGGAGUACUGUAAGUAAUCAAUCUAGAACAUUGUUUUUCUAAGUUCUCUGAAAGCUGACCUUAAUAAGAAAUGCCACAUCUUUCACAGGAACCCAGUAUAUUGCUGAUUAUACCAGAUUGGUAUCCUAGAAUCCUUAAUAUGUCGACAUCUUCACAGUGGUGAUGUAUCCAUGCUAUUAUUAUUAAGCCUCUUUUGGUUGAGGCUUUAGAACUAUAUGUUCCAGGCUUGCAGUUCCAGUGUCAAAACAUGGAUAUCAGCAGUUACAUGUGUCUUCUACAGUGUAGAAUGUUUUCUUCAGCUUGUUUCCCAAAAUAUGGGGAAAUAUGAUGUAGAUUUUUUAGGGGGGGGGGUUGGUUUUCCUUUUUCUUCUUUUUUAUUUUCUUUUUCUUUCUUUCUUUUUAUUUUAUUUUAUUUUAUUUUUAAACUUCCAAUUCAUCAUUGUAGCUAUCAAAUGAUUACUCAAUAAAGUAAAUCAAAGUGCAUAACAAUCUCCCAGUUUUUGUAUGCAUGGAUUCAGGAAAGAGUGGUCUUAUAUAGUAACUUAUAUAAUUUCCUAGCUAAUACUCAGAUAAAUGCACACGUAUCUGUGAGGAUGAAUACCCCUGCUUUGCCUUUGUGGUGCUGCUCAAAAGUAUAGCUGGAUUACAUUCAGAUUAAUGGCUUAGAGUCUGCCUGCUGAAUUCCUGUAGUUGGGUAUUAGCAUAGGACAUUGCUUUUUCUGUUACAAUAGUCUUCCAAACAGGAAGAGAGGACUAAGACCCUCAGUACCCAUUCUUCAGCCCAAAUGUAAGGUAUUUAAUAGAAGAAUUACACAGGAUGAGAAUAAUAGGAGAUCAGUUAAGAGAGAAGCAAGGACAUAGACUCAUCCUUAGUUAACAAAUUAAUAAUUUAAAUUAUUUUCCUAGCUUAUUUGUUAAUUAAAGCAAAGACCCAUGCUUGAACAAGGAGGGUUGUCAAGACUUGUUGUAAUCUAGUUUUUCUCAGACUAAAAUAGAAACAACAUAAAAUAAUCUUGUUUUUCUAGUGACUUAACUGCUCUGUUGUACUGUCAAGAUGUUCUGCUCCUUCUCAUAAACUCUGGGGCACUAACCAGCUUACUUGUUGCAUCUAAACUCCCAGUGUUACACACUCAGUUUUGCCUGUAACAUGCUGACAGAAAUGAGUAGCAGAGCCACUGAGGCAGAGUGGGUGGUUCCUUGGUAUGACAUAUACUUGCUAUGUUCUUGCUCUUUCUGUGGAAAAGGUGGGUUUCUCAUCCUCCACGGCUUAAAUUUUCUGUCGCUAUUUUCAACUCAAGCUUUAGUAUAGAAAUGGGAGGAGUCUUCUUCUGAAAAACAAACCAAAAUAUUUUGUUAUGUAAAAUUUUUCCCAUGUCUUGCCAAAAUGUAUUUGGAAGUUUUUCAUGUCAUAUGGUGACCACCCUUUGGUUCCCAUGCCCAAAGAGCUCUUGUAUUCUAGGUAUGUGUUGAAAUCACAUGGUUCUUGCCAUCAGUCUUGCUAACAUCUGAUACCCUCAGCCUGAGCAGCUCUACCUGUGAGCAGAGCCUGUGUUCCUGGGAACACUUUUCUUACUGAUGAAUCCUUUUGUACAGUUCUUGUCUAGCUCUACCCUGUGGUCUAUAUGGAAUAACUUCCAUCACAGUCACAAACACUCUAAUCUGCUGGUGUGUUAACGUUCUACUACUGUGCCUUUUCAGCCAGGGUGAUAUGCUUGGGGUCUCAGUGGUAAACACAUUGCACUAAGGACCUUUAAAAUAAAUCCCUGGGGGUUUAAAAUCAUGAAUACCAGUGCUGGAGCAAGCAGAUUAAGAAGGUAAGAGCUUUGGGGUGCAAUGAGACUGCUAUGUUGCAAAUAUAAGAAAUGAUUUAUGGCUUGCUGCUGGCAGACUAUGUAAGCAGUCACAGGCCAAGUGUACCCCACAGCAGAGCCAAGCUCUGAGGAACAACAAGAGGCAGACGCAGGGAAGCUUGCUGGUUUUUUUAAUAACAGUUCUCCAAAGCACAAGGGCAAAUGGCAGGCUGAGGACAAGGAGUGCUGGCAAAGUAAAAGGUGGUGAUUCUUGUAACUAAUCAAGAUUAGUUACUGUGAUGUGGAAUCAAAUCACCAAACACGGAGCAUAUUGACCUGGACUUUGUGUAAUUUGUAUUAGUUCCUGUGAGAAAAAGUAGGCUCUGUAACUAUAGUGUGCUCGAAGCUGUGAACAAUAUUUUAAACAGACUGGAGGGGGAACUAGUCCUCUUUGUAUGAAAGAACAGUUCUUGUCCUCAUUAGGAUGCCAGUCCUAGGGUUGAUGCAUUGCUCUAGUAAAACUAAACCACAGCAUAGCUUGCAGAAAGCUCGGCUUCUUUCUGAUGCAGCACAGAGAGCUGACUUGUUCUGGUACAAAAAGAUCUGAUGACAGAACAUUAUUGGAUUUCAGCAGUACAAAGAUCUUGCAAGUAGACUCUGUGAAUUUUCAGACAUGAAAAUUUUCAGACAUGUUCAAACAUUUUAUAAAAAUGUCAGUGCCUUUUUUUUUUUCUUUACCUUGUGGAUGUUCUAUCUUGUUUGCAGCACUAGCUUUUAAAUUGUGGGUCCUUCAGAUUAUAAAAAUCACUUCUAACUGAUAUAUAUCAUCUUGAAUUGCUAGUACAGAGUGUGCAGUAAAGCCAGUUUCACAGGUUCAAUGCCCAUGAGUCAGCCAAAAAUCAUGAUAAGGACUUUAAUCCUAAGCCCUUUUUUCACCUCAUGUGUUGGUUUGGUUUUUCUUUUUUGAGUUUCGGGAGUUUCAGAUUUUCCAGUUUAUACCUGGAAUGUUAGAAAACCUCUACACUUUACUUAAAGUAAAACUGAGAAUCCUACAACCCUAAAAGGCGAUGCUUAAAAAAACCAACCAAAAUAAACAUAAUUGCAAGAUGAAUGAUGAAAAUUGAAUUGGUGAUAGUAUUUAGUUUAGCACAAAACCUAGAAGUGUAAACUAGGGCAGCAUUUUGGUUGUAUGGGUAUCUUUUGGCUAGUAGUAUUAUCAUUAGAGACAGAAAAUGGUUUGAGUACAAGACAAGUGGAUAGAGUGGGAAUGUAACCAAGCAGCUGCACCUAGUGCAUUAGAAGUAAUUUUAUUUUAAUCUGAUCUUGUCAGUAGAGUCCUAAUUACAUUUUAUGUAACCACAUGCUUCAUAAACAAUAUAAAAUUAUUAGCAAGAAGGAAAAAUUGUUCACUAGAGUAAUGGGGGGCAGAGGGGUUUUAUUAUAUCUUACAACAAUAAGGAAUUUACUCCUAUAGUGAGACUAAGUCUCUUCACCUUGAGAAAACAGAAUCUACAUAUGACAGGGAGGACAGAGUUCUGCAGUUGUGCAAAUUUCUGUACUUUAGCCAAGUCUCGUAUUUUAGCAAAACGUUCCUGCAGGUAAAUUACCUUGUUAAAGAUUGUUUAAAAAACUUUAUUUACUUACAUGCUCUACUCAAGAGUUUUUUCUUGUAUUCGUGAUAACAAUCCUAUUGAUUUUUCCUUUGCUAUAAUCUUAGACUUUAGCAGAAAGUAAGUCAAGUGAUACCAUGGCUUUGCUCUCCUUAAGCCAAAACACAUAAUGGAAAUGGGGAAAGAUAUCUUCAGACAUGGUAUCAUGUCUGAGAGUUAUUUAAAAUAAAGUAAAAUAAAAUUUCUGCCAACUUUGCAGUCAUUAAAAUAAAUCUAAGUAUCAUAUUUACUGUUAGAAGAAACAAUGGCUUGAGGGAUUCUAAAAACUGUAUUGCUAAUUCUCAAUAACAAUAAAAAACUGUUGAAAGGAGAAAUUUUAUUUUAAAAAUAUAGAAAUUAAUGAAACUUUUAUUAUCUAAACCAAAAAAUUUCCAAAUAGAAUAAGUAGAAAUUAGUUGAAAGGUCUGAGAUGAGUUCUGUAUACACAAAGGAAGUGGGAGAGACAAGCUGCUUUGGUAUCUCAGCCUAGCUCCUGAAAACCACUCCUCUAUUAGCAUUAGGUUCAGCAGGUCUCAGUAUUUUGCUAAGCCACUAGCAUGACUGAAAAUGCUUGGAAACAACAUUCCACUGACACAUAACUUCAGUCACCAUGGUCUGAGCUUGCUUUACAACAACAUGGCGAUUUGCCACAGUAUUGCUAAAAUUGGGUAGUUUCUACAAUAGGCUAAAUAUCAGUCAAAGGAACAGGGAGACAGACUUGGUUCAGGUGCUGACCACCACUGGUCCCUAUCCUGUCUUAGACAGAGAGCACACUACCAACUAAGUGAAACAGAGCUUCUCACAUCACAAAUAUAAGAAAAUCUUUGGCGUUCUAAGGAGGGAAUUACUUGUCUGGCUCUCAUGUCUGAGAAGGGACUAGAGGACAUGGAAAAGCCAGGAGCUCCUGUGAGAGUGUAUCAAAUAAUUAACCACCUGGAUGAGUACAAUGCUGAAAGGUGUAUUAGUGAGAUUAAAGGUCUAGGGGAAUAACUAGUACCAGUACAGUUUGAAUCCACACAUAGACAAUGUCUGCCUAGAUAGCUCAAUUUUGAGAAAAAAGAAAAUUAGCUUAUAGCAAAUUCAGUCUGUCCUGGUGCCAGGGAUACCAAGCAGGAGAGGGAUUAACUGUGUUUAUUAAUCAGGUUAUCUACAAGGCUUUAAAGUAGCCAGUGCCUCUGAGAAAGUCUAUAGAAAUACAAAAAAUAUAUCACCAUAAUUAUGCUGAUUAAUCUGCCUGAUAAAUUGUGUAUUUUAUUCUACUUAGAUUCUAUUUUUAAAAAGGGAUUGCACCUGUAUUUAAUUUUGUUUUCUUCCAGAAUUGGAGCCAUUACUUUUCCAGGAACUGAAAUACCAAAAUACCACUCCUUUCUAUGGUAUUAAGGAGGAAUAUAACACUGGAGCAAAAGCUAUUUAUAUUAGCAUAAGGAGUGAGCUGGCAUUUAGUAGGAAAAGCUUCAAACAGAUAAUAUCCAGGAAAAGUUCAGUGGUGAGUGCUGCAAAGAACAAAAUAUACUAAAAAAACCCAAAUAAACAAAUCAAUGUUUCUGUCUUGAUUUUUCUUUCACUGGAGGAUAGGGUUUAUGUAGGGUUUAUGUAAGUAAAUCCUGUUGAUUCUAGUCAAACAGUUCUAUAAUUGAUGUUUCAUAGCUGAGGUUUGCAACUUGGGGCACUGCUAGUUAACAAAUAGUAAAUAUAGAGGUAUGUGAGACGUGGGGCAAAGCUCGGUGCAAAUAACUCUUUUGAAGUUAUUUGGAUCAGACUUGAUAACAGGAUUUCAUGAAAAAUCCUUGUAAAUCUGGUAGCUGAAAGUGCAAAGAUCCCCUUUCAAAAUGCUUUGUUACAAUUUAACUGUAUGCCUUCAGGUUGCAGCUCUAAAAUAGGAUCUGUUGGGCUGAGUCGCUGUACCCACACUCCGCCUGCGGGGGAAUCUCCAAAUUUGAGAGAUUGCUCUAGACACCUUAUUACAAACAUUCGCUUUUUUCUUACCCUACCACCUCUGGAGGGCAGAAUAAGUUGUGGAUCAGCUCUUACUAUUCAACGGAUUUUGAACUGGUUCAUUUUCUGUAGGAAGAGCUGCAAUUUAUCCAUCUGUAAAGUGGGUGGUGGACUCAAGAUUCUGUAAUUUCUCAGCAUGGGGUGAAAAGUAGCUUAUACUUCAAGUAACAUUGAUAGGAACUUAAGCCUCCAUGAGGGCAAUAUCUUUGACUGGCUGCACUGCUAAAAAGAGAGAAGGAAGUUAGGAAAGUGAGAUCCUUGUCUAACUAGAUUGCAGUGGAUGUGGUACAGCUCCUUCCUGGGCUGGAGCGCUUCAGAUGUGUUUGCUGUGUGGGAAACUGCUUGUGAGAAGCUUUCUGGAAACUCAUCUGUUUCUUUUAACUCCCCUGACAGAGAGAGGAUGCAGUGCCUACUGCAGGAUGCUUCACUAGCCUGCAGGCAGGUAGGUUUAAUUUUGAAAGGGAACAAAAUAGAUCAGCUGAAUUUUUAAUCAAAGGGUAUUUUCUGUUUGAAAGCAGUACGUAUGGGAAAGGUAUAAGCAGUGGUAAAUACCUUGCUAGGCUAACUGUAAAAACAUUCCAUGAAUCAUUACUAGCUCCUAAAGUCUAAACUUAAAGUAAGAACCUUUCAAAAUAUAGGUAUUGUAUAUGAGUUUGUUCAGUUCAAAUCCUGGGAAAGCAACAGAAGCUUACAAAAAUCAAUAGCUAUUCUCCCCCUAAAUAAAAGCAACCUUCCAGUCUUUUAUCUAAAAUAUUAGAAAACCAUUUCAUAUGCUGUAAUUUGCAAGUAAAGUAAGUUGGUUUUGUGAAAAAGUUUUAGACUUCAGUCUUUAAUUAAUUUUAGUUAUUUGCCAAUGUUUGAUUUUCAGGUUAAUUAGUGACUUUGUUCUCAUAUUAAUAUAAUGGUGCUUUACAUUAAAAAUAAAAUUGUAAGUCUGGAAUAAAUAAUAAAUAAUAAAAGGCUUGCAGUAUUUAAUCUGUUUCUUCAAAGAAUCUCUAAACUUAAAAAUAGAGAACUACAUUAAUUAAUGUAUUUAAAGGACUACAAAUUCUGAGAAAUACUGAGUCAUGUUUUGCAAACAUUAGUUACAUGAGGGUUUUUUUAUAAUUCACUGGAUUUUUUAAAAUGAAAUGUAUACAAAUGUUUUGCAUUUGAUGUCUGCUUCCUUUUUAUAACUAUUUCUCAUUCAACUUUUUGCUAGGAAUUAUUUGUAUAAUAGUAAACAGCACAAAGAAUUCAUUGCAGUACUGCUAAUGAACUCUUAUUUUUAUUAUGGAAACAAAUGUAAAUGUAUAGACACUACAGAGUCACUUUAAACCCCUUGUUUCAAGACGCUUUAAAACUUUCUGUGCUAUACUUUACCUACAUGCUGGAUGUGCCUUUUAAUAAAAUACGACUUUUAAGGAAGUUCAUGAUGUGUCCUCUAUAUUUUAUAUUAAUUCCUCUCUUUGAUCUGCAUUUAAAGUCUUUAUUAUUUAAAUGAAUGGAAGUUACAAAGUAUCAGAACAAUUAUGCAGCAGCCCAAGGGCUGAUCCCAUUCAGUGAUGUGCCUCAGUCCUGCCCAUCAUCAUUUUUUAGGAGGGUUAAGGAAUCAUUUUUCUAGUAGCAAAUGCCACCUGAAGAGCGACACCCCAACUGACCACCUAGUGCCCUCAAAUCCUGCCAGCAUCUGGCACAGCAUGCCUAAGUUUUGGUCUAGUUUAGGCAAACUUUCUAUACCAAACCCUUCCCUUCCUUGGCAUCAGCCAGGUUUUCAGUGACUGGCACAGGAGGUUUGGAUGUUGGCAUUACAGAGGCCCACGGCUGCAAAGGGGAUGCAGUGGGGACCAGGGUGAGGAGGAAGAGGGAGGAAGGGAAGGGGUUAUUGCCUGGGACAGAGUGGACAGCAAUGGUUUGCAAGAACCUCAUCUGGCCUUCAGGCCAUCUAGUUUGGCUCACCCUGACUUACAUUUUAACACUGUUUUAGAGAUGCAUCACUCAGAGAAAUGUUUUCUGUGCUCUUCUUUCUAAAAUUGACAGGCAAGCAUACAAGAUAUGUUUUUCUUUCCCCUUCUCAAUUUGUGAGGUUCUGUGAGAGAUUUAACCAAUUAGAUGUGUUUUUAAUAAAUAAAUCUAGAAGCUCCUAUUUUUUUUCUUUUGUCCCUAAAGCUGGAAUGCUGUCCUGCAAACAAGUGAAAACAGCAUAAUCCAAAUUGUGUAAUCCUAAUCCACAAUCCACACUGCUUGUGCCAGUUUUAAGAAUACAUUUGGCCUCUUGUUAUCAGCAGAAAACAAGCUAGUCUGUAUACACACAUGCUUGUCUA